GCUGACCUGUGACCUGUGGCCUGCCCACACUUCAGCCUCAUUUGUUUUCAGUGUCACCUGACUCUGACUCCGGCCUGAGCGCCAAAGACAGGCUCAAACUUUUACUUAAUUAAGCUAACUUAACUUAACUUGUUUACCUGGCUAAAUUAAACCUGAAUCACGGUGACCUAAACACCAGACACAUGCCAGGAAACGGGUUGGUGUCCAGUAUCCGGAGGCUGAUAAACAGCGAGGCGCGGCUGAGGACUGCGGGUCCGUUUGAACAUCUCCGCCAGAAGAUGGAUGAUGUCUUGGCAGAUGGAGGGAUCAUGAAAGAGGUGGUGCAACCUGGAGAUGGACCACCUGUCCCCCAGAAUGCUUCAGUGUUGAUUCAUUACUCUGGUUUCCUGGAGUAUUCUGACCGGCCUUUUGAAACUACCACACACCUCAGGUACCCCCGGAUGCUGAAGUUAGGGAGAGAGGUGACGCUAGCCGGACUGGACCUGUGUCUGUUGACCAUGAAGAAAGGAGAGUUCUCCCGCUUCCUCCUGGAACCCCAGUACGCCUACGGAGACCUGGGUUGUCCUCCACUCAUUCCUGCUGCUGCCGUGGUUCUGUAUGAAAUUCAGAUAAUAGACUACCUCGACUCAGGACAAGUGGACGACUUUAUCGCACUGAGUCCAGAGGAGCAGAACUCAGUUCCUCUGCAGAGACUUGUUGAAGUUGUCAACACAGUACGCAGCUUUGGCAACCGCUGCUUCAACCAGAGCCAAUAUGAAAAAGCCAAAGAUCGAUAUAAACAGGCAGUGAUGCUGCUGGGGAACAGGGAAACACAGAGCGAUGCAGACAAGGACAGGAUCAGAGCAGCGCUGCUUCCUCUUUAUCUCAACCUUUCUCUCACUGAGCUGCGUCUGGACAGCCCGCACAAAGCUCUGAAAUAUGGCAACAAAGCCCUGGAGAUAGACUCUGCCAACACAAAGGCUCUUUUCCGCUGCGGACAGGCGUAUCUGGAGCUGCAUGAGUACAAGAGUGCCCAUGGUUGUCUCUUAACUGCUCAAGCUAAGAAGCCCUUUGACAGCGACAUCAACAACCUGCUGAGGAAGGUGGCAAUAUGCUACAAAGACAGCUUGGACAACCAGAAAGACAUGUACUCCAAGAUGUUCAGAGACUUGAGGAGCAAGUGAAGAUGAGUAAAAAGAGUAAGGACCGCAUUUUCUCUCCAGUCCUGCAAAUUCAGAAAGUCAAACCUUUUGUAUGUCAUGACAGGAAAUAAACUUGUACACACAUUUUGUUCAUGUCCUUUAAAAAGAAGUAGGAAGUUCUUUAAAAUCCUUCAAAUGUUUGUUGAUAAUGUAACCCAGCAGUUGUUUCUGUUUUGAAGAUAUUCUUUACUGUCACCUCAAAUGACUAAAUAUGAAGGCUGGAAGAAUAAUCGCACGAGGAGUCACAAUGAAUCUUAAGCGGUUGCAUUUUUCUAUAAAAUUGUUUGUUUGUAAA